AAUCCACAAAAUUUUUCAAAAAAAUUCGUCCUUUAAAUUAGCAAUGAAUUAUAAUCGUCGCAGGAACAUAUUUACUUUGGGCGAUUUUCAUCAAUAUCCAAAUCCAACGCAUCAAAUUAAAGCGCAACACAAUCGACGCCAAAAUUCCGAUCCCUUCGAACGUGAUCCCUUCAAAAUCCAAUCGUACAAUUUUCGUUACGCCGAGCGUCCCUCAUACCCACUACCGAAUUUGUACAAUAAUCGUGUACAUUCAACGCCAUCAACGUCGAACAAACGGUUUGAGACAUUCUUCUACAAUUAUGACUUCACUCCUUCUGUGCAUGACAAAGAGAAUCCUCCAGCAAACAAAUUUCGCGAAUUUCGUCGACGAAAAUUCCUUUUGGAUCACCAACCGCAAAAUCCGACAACAGCAGGUCAACACGCUGCGACAGCAGAUAACCGCGAAUCGUCGUCACUGCAACAAACCCAUAUGUAUCAGCAAUUGCACCCAAUCGCCAAUGCAACAGUCUACGCACGUGUCGGCACAAGCGCCAGUCAAACAGCAAUUGCGUCGGCCGCUAGGACAGCUGCAACAGCAGCAGCAACAGCGGCCACGACAACAGCAAAUGCCGCUGGACGUACGAGCCAAUCGCGGCUCGGAUACGAGCGUUUGCGUGGCGGCAACGUCGACAACGGUGGCGGCGUCGGUGGCAACAGGGGCGUUCGGCAUUACCAAACACUUUGCAGUGCCACAGAUACAAGCAGCAUCGGCACAGCCGCCGGACUGCGUUAUGGACGUGACAAUGUCAGCACCUCAUCGCACAUGUCCGGCCAAAACAAGUACGCUCGCAAAACGAAUGCGCGCUCUACUGGGAACCGAGAAUAUUUACGUGCACUCGCCACAGCCCACAUUAACGAGUCGGCCAAUCAGCCCAACUACCUUGGUCGGGGGCGUUGCAACAGCCGCACAUCAGUUGAACGCGGCCGGCGGCCACGUCUUGAAUCCCUGGGUAGCGGGAGCGGGUUUGCGCAAGGUAACAGCACCCUUGACGCCAGCCACGGCAAUGCGAAGACCGCUGGCUUUCGCGAAUUGUCAAGCGCAGGAACGUCGCCGACGAAAUAUGCUCGACAGCCCAUACAGAUCGUACACUCAGCUUCCCCGAAUCGGGUAACUGCAACGGUGGAGAAGACGGAGGGCGCCUGUUCCGGUUGUCAGAUAAAUAUCAAUAUAAAAGGUUUGGAUUCUACACAAUUGGGCGAUAAUGUCGUUAUCAAAAUUGAGUCCGAUAAGCUGACACCCAGCAAAACGAAUACGAAAACCGAACAUACGCCCGUCGUAAGUACGUUGAAUAAUAUCUACAACGGUACCGGUUGUAUACAAAGUAGUGAUAUCGCCUUCGCAAAGUUGGUGGAAAUUAAACGUAAUUCCGAAAUGAAUCAUAAUCUCGAUAUUAAGCCGAAAGCAGUUGCACAUCAAGCCAGAGCGACAAUGCGUAAUACUUCAUCCUCAUCAUUUGUAAUCGAUAAACGUCUCUCUAAGUUUGCCGUGAACUCAACGGAUGAACGCGAACAGCGCAAGCACAAGCCACGUAGCUCUUCACAUUCUCGCAUACCGUUGUCUUCAUCAACCGCACGCGCGCUCGGUUUUACCAGUUCCAACACUGCACUACGCAAUACGAAUAGCACCGAAGUAAUUCAACGCGCGCCGAGAAGUAUCUCCAAGGAACGUAUGCCAAGCAUGGUGCCCUGGUGUUUAGACACCACACUACGGCAUGGAUUUUCACACGACGACGACAUUGCGAAACCAUUGCCGCCCACACAGCCCACGCCAGUGAUGAAGCCCACAAGACCCUCGUAUGAUGCAACACUAAAUGAUGUGCGCAAAAUGCGCCGUCAGGCGGUUGUUGCCGCAUACAAGCCGUUUUCGCUGCAACGCACGUCCUUGGGCUCAACACUGCGUCCACGCAAGUCGGAAAACUUCAGUGGCAGUAGUAAACCCGGCAGCACAACGCCCAGCAAUGAGAUGAACAAGUUGUUGGAGAAAGCACAACAAUGUAAGAAGUCGGCUGGCGCUGUUGCGUCCGAUUUCCAUGCCGAGAGCGCGCAGCAUCGUCAGUCACAUCACUCGCUGCGUGGCGCAAAAGUGAGCAAAAGCACUUUGCGCAGCCAAUCAAGUUCGCAGUUGGAACUUAGACGUUCGCCUACGAUGAUUAUGCAUCGAAGCCGUUCCAGCAUACGACAGGCGACACAAUCUGCGAGCGACAAUCAGAGUCAUGUCACAACACCUCUCAAUGUGAAUAUCAAUGUGUUUGCAGAUAAAUUGAAAUUGCUACGUGUUUGA